CACCGCUGUGAUAAAGAGCUUUACGUUAGUGUGUCAGUAGUUCUCCAGGCAACAGACUGGAACAGCAUUCACAAGGAUGGCGUCAACAGAGAGUGGGUACGCCACUGUAUGUGUGGCGGAGGGUGCUUUACGCGGCCGCGUAAGUUCCACAGCGACCGGCUGCAAGUACUACAGCUUCCAGGGCGUGCCGUACGCCCGGCCGCCAGUGGGGCAGCUGCGGUUCAAGCCGCCGCAGCCCCCUGAGCCAUGGACAGGCACCAGAGACGCUACCAAGGAAGGCAACGUGGCACCGCAGCUGAACUCUUUCACAGGGCAAUACGUGGGCGACGAGGACUGCCUCUUCCUUAACGUCUACACAACAAAGCUUCCAGAAAAUGUGGACAGCGAACGUAUGCCGGUGAUGGUGUGGAUUCACGGCGGCAGCUUCACUUCCGGCUCCGGCAACGCAGACCGUUUCGGGGCUGACCACCUGCUACCGCACGGCGUGGUGGUCGUCACCGUCAAUUACCGACUGGGCGUCCUGGGCUUCCUGAGCACGCAGGACUCUGUGCUGCCCGGCAACCUCGGCCUCAAGGACCAGGUGGCGGCGCUGCGCUGGGUGCGCCGCAAUAUCGCCACGUUCGCCGGAGAUCCCGACAACGUCACCAUCUUUGGCGAAAGCGCUGGCGGUGCCUGUUGCCAUUUGCACCUCUUCUCUCCAAUGACAAAAGGGCUGUUUCACCGGGCCAUCCUCCAGAGCGGAGCCUUCACGCCGCUAAGCCUGGUCAUCCCUUCCAGGGAAAGGAGCUUCCGGCUGGCCAGGCAUUUGGAACUACCGGCUAACAGCUCGCAGCAGCUCCUCGACUCGUUGAUGAAGGUGCCCGCCAGGACGCUGGUGGAAAACAUUCUCGAGGCUCGAUCACAUGAGGAAAAACUGCGGCUAGACAUGAGCCCAUUCCGUCCUGUUCUGGAGCCUACCGAUGCAGAGGGAGGGGCCUUCAUCAGCGAAGAGUUCGAAGAUGUGUUGGCUAAGGGCCAACACAGCUUGGUACCGGUCAUCAUGGGAGUAAAUUCGAUGGAGGGCUUGUAUCAAAUAGCCGACCUUCGUCGCAGUAAAGAGGCCUUGGAUGCUUUUAACGAGGAUUUAGAAAUCGUACUCCCCACUAACUCUAAAAUCAAUCCACAAGAUCGAGCAAACGUGGCAAAGAGCAUGAGAAGUUUUUAUUUUGGUGAUAAGAAGUUGAGCGAAGAGACAAUGCAGCAAUUCGCUGAGAUGAAGGGUGACCUCUGGUUCGUAUACCCUACGCUCAGAGCAGCGAAGAAACUGUCCACAACUCCAGGCGCAAAGCCCGUUUUCCUGUACGUGUUCGACGUUGAUGGACGACUGAACGUGUACAAGACGCUAUUGCGCUUGCAGCAGUAUAAAGGUGCUUGUCACGGAGACGAACUGAUGUACUUGUUCAGAUCAUCGAAGCGGCCCAUAGAUGUUGAAGCUGGAUCCGUGGAAGCGAAGACAAUUAACAGAAUGACGCGACUCUGGACAAAUUUUGCUAAAACUGGGAACCCAACACCGACCUCCACAGACGAAGAGCUGGUCGCCACGUGGCCAGCGUUUACCGAGGGCGCUCCCAACUACUUGCACAUCGCCAACAGUGGCCUCACCGUCAAGCAGAGUCCGUUCAAGAGCAGAAUGGAUUUUUUGGAGAGUAUCUACAAAUAAAUUUGCACUCUGUACUUGACCACCACUUACUGGCAACAUUAAUACGAAAUUUCUACUGACAGCUAUAACUGAAAUCAUCCCAAGCUCACUUUGUAAUUGAGGAGUUGCAUACAAUAACAGCGGACGUAGAUUUACGUUUUCUGAAGAAACAAAAGUGUCAACUCAUUAUCUGAAAAAGCUCAUCAAUAAAUAGUAAAAUAAGGUAAAAUAUUAUUCUCAUUACUUUCUGAUGACGAUAUAAAUAAUUUCAAAAAAAGUCUUCAAGGUAUUCUGCAAUUGUAGGUAUGCAUCAAAACAGAAUUACCUAGCAUACGCUUUUGUUGCAAUGAAUGUAUGCGAGGUCUGUUUUUACAUCUGGUUUAUUGUGAAAAGUCGGUUGGGUUGCGGUAUAUUGCAGCUUAAAGGUAACGAUUAUAUUUACAAAUAAUUACUCUUCAAAUUUUCAAGUUUCACCAAUUUGAUACUUAUAUUUAUCCACAUAUUCAUCAUCAGGAAUUUCAACCUAACUGGACGGAACUAAUACUUUCUAAUACCACUUCUCAUUUUCAGAUUUCAAAUAUAUAAUGAUGUGCAGUACUUCAUCUCUUUUUUGUUCUGUUACUCCUGGUUUUCCUACAUCACUCAAUCUGAUAUCUGUGUAUUUGAGACACUGAAACCUUUCAUUGAAGCAGAUUUCUGAAUACGAAACUUGUAUCCCUUAGCAGGCAGGCAUUCUUAAAAACAUUGGACUGACCGCUAACGCCCAGUCUUUUAUUAAGGACGCAGGCAUAGAUGUAUGCAACGAUUGUGGUAGUUUUCUGCUUUCUUUCAUAAUGUUCUCGUACCCCUUCACUAUGUGUAUAUUCUCUACUUGUUUUAAUAGCUUGCCAUAUUUAUCAAAAUUUCUGUCACACAGACUGUAAGAAUGUCUUGUUACAAGGAAAAUGUGUUCCACGUCUACUUUCAAAAGUUUUGAAAGUUUUGACAGCGAAGCACAGAACUUUAACAUUACACUACUUUUGUUCUCCGCACCCCGCCCCCCUCCCGUGAAUCUGAGAAUAAAAUUAUUUUAUUUGUA